GGCGUGGCCUGGAAGGUAAACUUCAAUGGUGGAACUCGUGGGAAAGUUUUAGUGGAUCGUGACAGCCGUACCGCGCGCGCAGUGUGAGAGCUCCCCUGACAGCACGUGUCAUCAGCCGGGUGAGUUUAUUCAUAUUUCGUUUGAACGGAAGCAAUCCAGUUUGAGAAAAUGCCUGCUGCGUGUGACUCUUCAUUGGAUGAUAUUGAAGACAUGGUCUCUGCAAAUGACCCAAAGCCCAAUGAUCGCCUGUCUGCAAGACAAAAUAUCGUGCCCAGAGCUCGUAAAAGAAAUCAGAACAAAGAACAAGAAGAGCAACCACCAAGUGACAGUACAAUCCCAGGCACCCAGAAGAUCUGGAUCCGUACAUGGGGCUGCUCUCAUAAUAACUCGGAUGGGGAAUACAUGGCUGGUCAGCUAGCUGCCUAUGGCUACAGCAUCACAGAGAGCCCAGAACAGGCUGAUUUGUGGCUGCUGAACAGUUGUACAGUGAAGAGCCCUGCAGAGGACCACUUCAGAAACUCUAUCAAGAAAGCACAAGACGAUGACAAAAAGAUUGUAUUGGCUGGUUGUGUUCCUCAAGCUCAGCCAAGGCAAGAAUACAUGAAAGGCCUGAGUAUCAUCGGGGUGCAACAAAUUGAUCGUGUGGUUGAAGUGGUUGAAGAAACUAUUAAAGGUCACUCGGUGCGACUGCUGGGUCAGAAAAAGGAUAAUGGAAAACGGUUGGGGGGAGCACGAUUGGAUUUACCAAAGAUUAGGAAGAACCCACUGAUAGAAAUCAUUUCCAUCAAUACAGGGUGUCUGAAUGCUUGCACUUACUGCAAAACAAAGCAUGCAAGAGGAGAGCUAGCAAGUUACUCCAUAGAAGAACUGGUGGACCGAGCCGUGCAGUCUUUCCAAGAGGGUGUCUGUGAGAUCUGGCUGACCAGCGAAGACACUGGAGCUUAUGGCAAAGACAUUGGUACAGACCUCCCAACGCUCCUGUGGAAGCUUGUUGAAGUUAUACCAGAGGGUGCAAUGCUGAGACUUGGCAUGACCAACCCACCGUAUAUAUUAGAGCAUCUAGAGGAAAUGGCAAAGAUACUAAACCAUCCACGAGUGUAUGCAUUCUUGCACAUCCCCGUGCAGUCUGCCUCAGACAGCGUGCUUAUGGACAUGAAGAGAGAAUAUUGCAAAGCAGACUUCAAACGGGUGGUAGAUUUUUUGAAAGAGAGAGUGCCCGGAAUUACAAUCGCAACGGACAUCAUCUGUGGCUUUCCUGGAGAGACAGAUGAAGAUUUUAAGGAGACAUUAAAACUCGUCAAGGAAUAUAGAUUCCCAAGUCUCUUCAUUAAUCAGUUUUACCCGCGCCCAGGGACCCCAGCUGCUAAAAUGGUGCAAGUUCCAGCGCUUGUGAAAAAGCAACGAACGAAGGAGAUGUCUCAACUUUUCCAUUCAUACAACCCAUACGACCACAAGAUUGGUCAGACACAGCAAGUUUUGGUGACAGAAGAGUCCUUCGAUUCCCAGUAUUUUGUUGCUCAUAAUCGUUUCUAUGAACAGGUUCUUGUUCCUAAGGAGUCUGCAUUCAUGGGGAAAAUGGUGGAAGUGAAUAUAUACGAGGCAGGAAAGCAUUUUAUGAAGGGAAGCCCAUUAUUACAUUCCAAACUUUACACCCCAUCUAUCAAUACACCUUUAGCGAAGGGAAAGGUAUCGGGUUUAACAGAGGAUUUCAAAGAACAAUUAAGGAAUGGCUCAAAUUCACUACCCGAAACCUCUGCUGGUGCCGAGAACUCCCUGCCGAAGACAAGUGGACAGACUGGAGACAAACUGAAGUUUCUUUAUUUUAUCAUUGCAUUGUUUGUAGCUUUUUUUGCCUUUUUUAUGGGCAAGAAUAUUUUAGGAUACAAAAGCAAUAUUCUGAAUAUGUAAAAUGAUUUUCGGUCUUUGUAGUGAUUUUUUUGCUUUGUUUUAUUUUGCAGUGUUUUAAAUCUUGUACAAUUUAUUGACCUUCCACUCUCUGUUUUAAACCAGAGUUCAAUAUGUACAGCCGCUCAUAAAAACAGCCCGAGAUUGUGUGAACCUAUUCUGACUGUAUGAAAUCUGCAAAGUUACAUUCAUUUAUGCAUAUACUGUUCUUCUGGUUUUUGUUUUUUUACGAUUAUGCAAAAAUUUAAAACUAAAAUCACUGAAACCUUGCCUUCAUUUUAAAUGUUCAGACAAGUAAACUGUUUGAAUUGAAUUAAAGACAAAACAUGAAAUAAAGUGUUUGGUAUUGUC